AUGAGCUUGCAACGACGUCCUGUCGGGCAAGGACAGUCGGGUGAUCACACCCGCAGAGAGACAGAGUAUCAGAGACCAGAAAACCGGCUCAAAAGCGGUUUCGUUCACCGAGAGACUCCCGCGGCUGAGAAAAUUCUCUAUGAAAAGCUGCAAGGGGAGGCCUAUCAAGGUCCCACGACCUCGCUCACUGGAGCGACAAUGAACCGAGGCCCUGUGGCAGUGUAUCCAGGUGGUCAGGUCAAGCCUGGAGAACCUAGCUCUGUCCAUUACGGGAAUCCAAUUUCACCUUCGCCUGACCCGGACCAGCCAUCUGGACAACCACAGACAGCACGAACUGCACCGGCAAAGCCAAACCGGCCCAAGGAGCCUGCUACAAAGAAGAAGAACAAUUCUUCUGGGCGCGUACUCGGUGAGCGGGAUCAAGAGAUUCUUUUCAAUGAACUCAUACGCCAUCGCUUUCUUUACUUGGACUUUACCUGUAAAUUACCCCGUUUCAGGAAUAUCGUGUUCAACCGACUCCCUCAACGGUUGCAACGUCUCCUUGUGAACGAAAACGGCCUUCAAAAAAGGUUGCUUCAAUUGUGUAAACCAGGAAGACGCACAUUGAAAACCCAGGGGCCGCUGACCGACUCACAAUCCCAUGGCAAGAGCUUGAUUCAACUGAUGAGUACUUGGAAUAAGAUAUUCUGGGGACGGAACUAUGCUGAAUUCCGCAACGGCAUUGAGGAGGGCAUAUCCGUUGUUAAGGCAGCUGAGGGGGGGAAUAAGGCUCUGGAUGACUUCUUGGGGCUCUCACCCGACGAUGUGGCUGAUACCUCAAACUUUGAUGACAUUCCGGACACUGAUGCGAACCAUUCGGAGGAAGCGCAGGAUACGCCUGAAGAGAGGGCUUCGAGCGAGGAUUCAAGCAUCCCUGGGGAUGAUGAUGAUGAAGCUACAGCCAAUGCCUGGCCUACGCCGACGCUGGCAUACAUAAUCCCCCUCAAAGACAGUCCGGCAAUGCCCAACGGCCAGCAUCCACUUCAGCUUUUGAAGACGAGAAAGGGCAAGGAGAAAGCGCCUCCCGUGCAAGAUGCCCGCUGCUCCCAGCAGCCGCGAUUUGAUCAGCCCGUCACAAGCGACAUCUUUGAAUUCAAUGACACAGAUGGGGAGAAAGCACCUAGCGUCCGUUCUGAAGAAACAAACCCAGGAGUGCCCUCCAACAGCAGCAGGAGCAAGCGCAAGCGGGAAUGCUCCACCCCUGGAACCAUCACCUUCGACUCGCCGAUGAUACCUCUGCCUCCAGCUGCCAAACCGACAGAAGCUCCGACACCGACAGAAGCUCCGACACUGACAGAAGCUCCGAUACCGAUGGAAUCUGCAAGGCCGACGAAGAAGAGGAAGAAGAAGAAGCCGCGCACAGCAAAACCCAAGGCGUUUCCCACAGCAAAGGACGAGGUGAUCCUCAUAGCCUCAGAUGAUGAAUCUGGCUCACGCGCCAGCCAGUCACAUGUUCCCAGCAGCAGCAGCAGCAGCAGCAGCAGCAGCAGCGCAGCGCCGCGACCAGCAAAUAAUCGUAAGGGAAAGGGUGUUAGCUCCCCUGAGCAUGAACCAACACAGGGGUUGACGCCUCCUCCCUCGACACCCUGCUCCAAGAAGUCGAGCCAUCGACGAUCGGAUGACGAGAGCAAUAUUCUGGGAAAGAACAAAGACACUGGAAAACUUCCGCAAGACAGCCGCACGAUUCGAGAAGAAGAGAGCCGUCGAAUAUCGAAGGAAGAAUUGAGGAAGGUCAAGAAGGAGCCUAGGGACGAGGAACAGUCGGAUUCAAGUGAAGACGAAGGAAAUACGAGCAAGUGCGAUGACAAAGAGGUGAGCAAAAGGGAGCCAGAGCAACAGGUUCAGCAAAAACAAAAGAAGAACAAAGGGAGGAAGAAGGCGGAAAAGGAGAGGAAGGAGAGAGAGGCGAAGGAGAGAGAGGCGGAGGAGAGAGAGGCGGAGGAGAGAGAGGCGAAGGAGAGAGAGGCGAAGGAGAGAGAAGAGAGUGAGAGGAGAGAGGCAGACGAGAAGAUGCGGAAGAGAGAGCGGAAGAAGGGCAAAAAAAGGCAGGAGCAGACAUCGGAGCUCAGGUAA